UCGUUCAAGAAUCAUCAUUGUAGUUGUUGUUAUAGGGGUUCCAACCGAGCGAUACAAGGGCAUCCCUCGUCUACAGAUCUGUUGCAGGUGUCUCGUCAUACCCCUCGGUAACAUCCUCCGAUCGACCUCUCGCCCUCCACGGAAUGCAACAGACCUGUCCUCACAGUACCAAUCCUACAUCGUACAGCAGAUCGCCGGUCCCUUCCAAAAUGUCAACCAACCACGCCUCUACUUCAAAAUCAGCGCUCGACGCAUCCAGAGAAGCGGAGAGCUUGUUUGUACCCCCGGCGCCCGCCUCACGAACCGACAGCUCAAGUGAAGAAUAUGCUUAUAUGAAUGCUACCGGAUCUCGUAUCCUUUCCUCCACUUUCUUCGAGCUCGAACCAACCUUACGCCCGCCCACAACGUUCAUCCUCGGGACGAGAAAAUCAGAGCUCGCAUUGACCCAGACGCAACUCGUGGCUGAUGCGCUAUCCGCGUACCAUGUCUCCAACCACUUCCGAGUCGAAUGGAUGAAGACGCUCGGCGAUCGGAACCAACAGACUCCACUACACCUCUUGACCCCUUAUUCCCAACAACAGCCGGCGAAAAGUUUGUGGACAGACGAAUUGGAAGCCAAGCUGGGAUCCGGUCAUUUCGAUAUUCUUGUCCAUUCACUCAAAGAUGUCCCUACGACCCUGAAAGAAGGGUGCGAGAUCGCUUGUAUACCAGAACGUGAAGACCCUGGUGAUGCCCUGGUGGUCAGAACUGGUCUCAUCUACCAAACCUUGGACGAUCUGCCAGAUGGAAGUAUCAUCGGGACUGGAAGUGUCAGGCGUGUGGCGCAGCUCAAAAGAGCCUAUCCAAAGCUCAAAUUCGAGGAUAUGCGAGGAAACCUCAAUACCCGUUUGGCCAAGCUCGACGCACCUGAUUCCAAAUAUGUCGCUCUCAUCCUUGCCAUCGCUGGUCUCGCUCGUAUCAACUGCGGACAUCGAAUCACCAAUCCCAUCCGGUCCCCUGCACUGUUUCAUGCCGUCGGACAAGGAGCACUCGGCGUUGAGAUCCGAACGGGAGACGGACGAGUUCGAGAAACGAUGCGAGGUGUCGGACACUGGCAGACUGAAUGGCGAUGUGCAGCGGAACGAGCCUGCCUCCGUGUGCUUGAAGGUGGAUGCAGUGUUCCAGUGGGCGUGGAAAGUACGUUGGAAGAGCUCGAUCCGGAACAGGCUCAGGGGGACCUCGCUGGCGAGACCUUUUCCCCACUGGAGCCCGAUUCCCCCAUGCUAUGGUUCUCCGGAAUCGUCGAAAGCUCACAUCGUCUACCCUCCUCCCUCCCUUCCACCCCUGGCAUAGCGACUCCCACUGGCGAAGCAUAUCCUGUCAACCGUGUUCUGCCUCCAUUACGGAAACGAGCCGCCAAGCUCAGCCUCAGCACCUGUGUGACAUCCCUCGAUGGAUCAAGUCAAGUCGUGCACUCGCCGGAACCUGUCGUCGUCCGUAAUUAUCAGGAAGCCGAGCGAUUCGGAGAACUCUGCGCGAAGAAGAUCAAACAACUUGGAGGGAAAGAGAUACUGGAUGAGGUUACUCGGAUCAGGCGGGAGCGAGAACGAAAAGACCUCGAAAGGGCGAUCGAAAAGUCGCGAGAGCAGGCAGGGGGCACGAAGCAGAAGGAUGGGGAUGAGCAUCAAGGUCUGCAAGGGCUAUUGCAGAGCUUGAACGGGCCCGAGCGCAGCGAGGGCUUCCAGUAGCUAGGGAGCUCGACCGGAGGCGACAUGCACCCCUCGCUCCGCUCGGGCAGCCGCGCAUGUAGGCAGCGGACAUUAUGAUCUUGACAGUGCGAAGGAGUGGCGCCAAACUCGGCGACAUGACUGCCGUG